AAAUUUUUUCUAUUUUCAGUUAGGAAGGAAAUGGCGUCUUACAGGUGGAGUUCGUUGCGUCAAAUUUCACAAAUCAUGACUGAAUUCUAAUUUUGAUUAUGUUUUCAUUUUAAAUUGAAAGAUAAUCCCAUUGUGUGGGUUCUCGUCAUUGUGCAAAAUCAAGUGCUGACAAUGAAUGAAGUGAGUGGCGGAAAACAAGAAAUUGCAAGUACUUCUGCUUGGGAGGCAUUAGCUUCACAAUCGGUGACAACUUUAUCGGGAAUGCAUCAUCAUCAUCGUCAUCAGCCUCUACAACAAGAUUCAAAUUCUCCGGUUCAACAAGUGAUAGUUCCUACACCAGUUAAAUUGCAAGCUCCUAUUCUUUCACCAACGCAAAAUGUCGAGCAUUGUUCAGUUCUCACUCAAAUGCAACAACAACCACCUCUUGUUGCACAGUCACCGAUGCCAAACGCUUUUGUUGAGCCUGAACUUUCUAUCGAACUUCAACAACAAGGUUGGAAAAAGUUUUGGAGCAAACGAGAAAAUCGGCCUUAUUUUUGGAAUAAGUUGACUGGUGAAUCUUUGUGGGUACUGCCUUCGCUAAAACCACAGUUUGAUCCAAUUACGGAUCCGUUGGGAAUUUGCGGAGUUCCAUCCGUGCCAUCUGUACCUGGAAAUGGACAAAUUACGCCUGGCACACCAGGUGGUCCGCUCAAGCGUCGAGCCUCUGAGGACGGAAACACGAUACAAGCUGUCAAAAAAUUCGUUUUAGCUGGUCCCUGGGAUUUGGAAAUUCCGACAAAUGUAAUUAUUUACGAAAGAGGACCGUCGAAUUUAGCGCACGUUCAUCCAGAUGCAGAAGCAUUGCGUUGUAGCCUCUUGUCAAAAUUACGUCAAUGUUAUCAGGAACUCUGCUUUCAUCGUGAAUCGAUAGACGCACCGAAGGAUUCGUUCAAUCGUUGGCUAAUGGAGAGAAAGGUCAUCGACUGCGGCUCUGAUCCACUAUUGCCAAGUCAAUGCUUUCCAGAAAUAUCGAUGUCAAUGUACCGCGAGAUAAUGAACGAUAUUCCGAUAAAAUUGGUGCGACCGAAAUUUACAGGCGACGCGAGGAAACAAUUGUCACGUUAUGCGGAGGCUGCGAAGAAAAUGAUCGAAUCAAGGGCCGCUUCAUCCGAGAGUCGAAAGGUGGUCAAAUGGAAUGCCGAGGACACAUUCCAGUGGCUCAGGAGGACUGUCGGCGCGACAUUUGACGAUUUUCAAGACAGACUCGCGCACCUGAAACGUCAAUGCCAGCCGCACUUGACGGAAACGGUGAAAGCAAGUGUCGAGGGGAUUUGUCUGAAAAUUUAUCAUCUCUCCACGGAGUAUGCGAAAAAAGUAAAAGACAAGAAUACUCAAAUUUUGAAAGACAGUGGCCUUGGUGAUGUGAUUCCACUUGGUGGUCCAGCGACGACACAACGAAAAGUUUGGUGUUAUCCAGUGCAAUUUUCUCUUCCUGCACCACGACUAUCACAAAUCGAUUAUCUUCCUGAACGUGAACAGACAAUGUUACGCUUCCACGGCGAUACGGUGUGUAUCAAUAAUAUGCAUCUCAUUAAAUUGGAGCAUUUGUACAGGUACAAUUGUUUCGAUGAUAAAAAAUUUGAGAUGUUCCUGCCACGCGUUUGGUCAAUGUUAAAACGCUAUCAGACAUAUCUGGGAAUAAAUGAGGGCCACGCAACACAAAUGGCAUUACCAGUCACUGUUUUCGAGUGUCUUCAACGUUCCUUUGGCGUGACUUUCGAGUGUUUUGCUUCGCCUCUCAAUUGUUAUUUUAGGCAAUACUGCUCGGCGUUCGCCGACACUGACUCUUAUUUUGGUUCGCGAGGGCCGUUUCUCGACUUUAGACCUGUCAGCGGUUCCUUUCAGGCAAAUCCGCCUUAUUGCGAAGAACUCAUGGAGGCGAUGGUCAAUCAUUUCGAAAGGCUUCUGUCGGACUCGGCGGAACCUCUUUCGUUCGUUGUUUUUCUACCGGAGUGGCGUGAUCCCGCGCCGAACGCUCUUCUCAAACUCGAAAGCAGUCACUUCAAACGCAAACAAGUCGUCGUCCCCGCCAUGGAGCACGAGUAUCGACACGGAUUUCAACACAUUUUGCCAAAGGGAGAGGUGAAUAUUCGUGCGACACACGGCACCCUGGUGGUCUGGCUACAGAACACAGCUGGCGUGGCGAGAUGGGGACCGACCGAGGAGCGUGUCGAGGCAUUGCUCGAGGCCUGGCGACCAGGACGAGAACGCGAGCGAGAUCGUCAGGAAUUACUCUCACCACCGAGACAAACACACCAGUUGAUGCCUUCAACGCCGAUAGCGGUGCCAACGACACCCAUGAUACCAACAACACCCACAAUUCCACCACUGACACAACCACUCACGCAAACAUUGUCACAAACUCUCACUCAGCCUCUGAUCACGCCUCUCAAUCAGACAAUAACGCAGCCCCUCAAUCAGAAUGUCACUCAACCUUUGAAUCAAACGAUGACACAACCCUUACAUCAAACAAUGACACAACCAUUACAUCCGACAAUGAACCAAUCGCUACAUCCCACAAUGACACAACCUUUACAUCAGACAAUGACCACCCAACCCUUGCAUCCAACAAUGACGCAACCUUUACAUCAAGGUUUGACUCAACCUUUACAUCAGAAUAUGAAUCAACCAAUGCCGCAAACGCCGCAACCUCUCACACAAACUUUGACACCUCUCACAACAACGCUCUCGACUCAUCCAAUUUGAGACAACGAAUCGUCUCAAUAUUUUCCCAUUCAAUCGAAAUUCAGGUUUGAAAUUUUUGUUUUCUUCUAUUAUUGAAAUAAUUUUCCAGCGUCAUUACACCUUGUUGAUCAAAAAUUUUCUCAAAAUCAAAUUUUUUAUGAACUGAGACUAAUAAUCCUUUAUUAGGAGUGUUCAAAAUAAUUUUUUUUUUUAUUGAGAACGUGAACGAAAGCACAAUCAUAAGAAAAGGUUAAAUUAACUUUUAUAUACUUUUCAGGACUGUCCAAAAUAGAUUUUUUGUCUUCUUCUUUUGUUUUAAGUGGUCUCUUGUAUUAACAAAUAGCCAGAACUAAAACUUUUUCUCUAAUUUAACAAUAAUUUUGAGCUCUAAUUCAGAAUAAAAUUAAUUUUCUAAUUUUCGAUGACUUCUGAAUGAAAAUAUUCGCAAGAGAGCAAUUCACGAAAAUAAAAUAAAAUAAAAAUCGUUAAAUUAUUUGUCUAUUAACAAUAAUUUUGAACUUUAAUUCAGAACAGAAUUAAUUUUCCAAUUUUCGAUGAAUUCUGAAUGAGAAUUUUAUUGGCGAGAGGAAUUAUAAAAUCCUUAAAUCACGAAAACAAAUAGAAAAACGUUGUUUAUUAAAAUAUUUCAAUUUUUUAGAUUAAUUGAAAUUAAUUUCCAAAAUUUGUCUCUUAUUUUAAAUCAAUA